CCGACUUUGUACAAAAUUGUCGCCAUUCAGGACAAUCUGCUGCCAUGAAUGUUCGGUUCAACCCACCAGUUCCUGAAACGGUGGACCUUUGGUCCGUGCACGCGGGUGACCGACAGAUCCUUUUUUGCUUCGCUUUUUUCCACCCCAAAAUAGCCACAAGCCCGGAGGUCGAACAUAAACAGGAAUAUAAUUAAGUCAAAAUGAACCCCCUUCGCUACCUUGCCCCUCCCUCGCCCUACAAGGAGCUCUCCACCUCCAAUAAAAAAGGCCUGAAGGAGCGCCUCAGCUACGCCGAGGCCCUGCAGCACCACCCGGCCCUGCAACUGUCCGCCGAGGGAGCUGAGCUCCUAGACACCUACCAGCAAGCAUGUGAGGCUCUUCUUGAGGAUCCCGGCAACCUCAACGCCGCCAUGCGCAUGCUGCAGUACGAGCAGUCUCUCGAACCAUCGGCUGGCAGCCCCGUCAACCUCUCCUUCGACCUCGCCACGAAGGUCAAGCUGGGCGAGGAGCUCGACAACCUCUACAGCGUCUGGACCGUCUCCCGGUACUUGAAGUACUUGCCGACCGGUAUCCGCGAGGAAGCCGGCAACCACCCCUCGUCGAAAGUCGAAGACCCCUGGCACACAGCCUUCUGGACCCCGUUCCACGGCCGGCUUGAAGCCGAGGCCGAGGCAUUCUCCCAGGUCCUCGCUGGCCAGAACCGUCACAACGAAUGUCCCACUUCUCUUCUCUUGAUGCUGCUCUGCGAUCGCCACACGGUCGACUGGGACGAGGCGCGGGCGCUCAUCCGGCACUCCGCCGAGGGCGCUCAGGGCGCCGUUGUCGCGAACCUCCCCGAGAGCGACUUUGGUGAAUUGCUCCGUACCAAAGACGUGGCUGGGCUGGCGACGAGACUCGCCCGCGACGAGACCGGAUGGUCGUGCUCGACCGAGUAUGUGUUGGGUGUCAGUACUCUGCUGAUGGGGUUCUUCGCGAAUACCCUGGCGGAUACGCUGUUUGAUACCGAGGAGGAGCUGAUGGAUCCGACUAAAUGGGCGCCCAAGAAGCCCCUGCGCGAGCGACUGGCAUUGACGGAGGGCCAUGAGCAGGCGUUUCGCGACCUGUUGCAGGAGAUGUACUUGCAGAUGCUGGUGGGAUCCGAUGAUGAGGAUGAUGACGAUUUCCCGGUUUAUGAUGACUAUGAUGAUGAGUUUGACGACGAGGAUGGUGAGUGGGAGGAUGAGGAGGGAGGCGAGGAAGAUGAUGGGGAGGAGUCGGAUGAGUAUUAAACUUUGUGGUCAAUGUGUCAAUAUGAUUUACGGCCAAUUGGAGAGAAUCGCAAUACCAUCUCUCAGAUACUUUGGGCAUGAAAAUGUCUUCAGCGCCUUGGUUUUCUAUAGGUCAGCUUAGAGUGCGUGAAUCUCUGCAGCAUGAUUCCAAACACAUUACUCUCAUCUCCAGACAGGUC